ACAAACUUCUUUAUUUCAAUGACCAAGGCAUAAUAAUAGAGUCCGGCCGGCAGCUUAAUUUCAAAUGCCAGCUUAUUUUAGUGCAUUAAUUUCCUUGAAAACUAAGCAGGUUGCUAACAACCGACAUUAGCAUAUAUAGUUUAUAGUACCCUAUUUUGUACCGUCAAUAUGUUCAUUUACCAUUGAGCUGAUCAGAAUGACGAACAUGGUCGUUAAAAUCAUCUCGAAAGAGUGCAUCAAGCCCUCUUCCCCAACACCUCAGCACCUGAAAAUCCACAAGCUCUCCCUCUUGGACCAGCUGAUUCCUUCCAUUUAUCUUCCCGGGAUCCUCUACUAUCCUAUUCACCCAAACACAACACCGUCUGUUAAUUUUGGUGAUACUUGCCAGAGGUCAGAACAGCUAAAGCUAUCUCUCUCGGAAACCUUGACUAGCUUCUACCCUCUUGCUGGAAGAUUCAGAGACAAUCUCUCUAUCGAUUGCAAUGACGAGGGGGUUAGUUACACUGAAGCAGAAGUAGAGUCCACAUGUCUCUUCCAGUUCCUCAACCAUCCAGAUGUCUCACUGCUUAGUCAGUUCCUUCCAUCUGGUGCUGGUUUUAGUGAAUCAGAAGGUCCAGGAGCUCCCCUAGCUAUGAUCCAAGUCACCAACUUUGCGUGCGGUGGUUAUGUUGUUGGUGUCUUGGUUUCCCAUAUGGUUUUUGAUGGAACUGCGCUGCGCACCUUUUUCAAAGCUUGGGCUGCAAGGUCUCGUAACACUCCUGCAUCUGAUAUAUGUAUGCCUACUUUUGAUGCCCCAUCUCUAUUUCCUCAAAGUGAUGCAUUCCCACAAGAGGCAACGAUGAUGACUUUCUGGAGACGCUUUCUGAGAAUGGGAAAGUGUGUUACAAGGAGAUUUGUGUUUGAUGCAGCAGCUAUUGCCUCACUUAAGGACAAAGCAGCAGCCAACACGACCUCAAGCUCAAGCGCGCAAAAUCCAACUCGUGUAGAGGUUGUUACGGCACUCAUCUGGAAGUGCAUUAUGGUUGCAUUGGCCUUUCAUAACCAUGAAAUUACUGAUGGUGGGCAGAAGCAGCAGAGGCCAACUAUGAUAACCCAUGCGGUCAAUUUGCGUCAAAGAGCAGUGCCACCCUUUUCAGAAAAUUGUAUGGGGAAUUUUAUGUUCCAAGCUGCAGCUACUGUAUGCAGCAGGAAAGCUGAAGAGUUGGAACUUGGCAGCUUGGUGAUUCUGAUCAGAGAAGCAAUAAAGAAACUCGACGGUAAUAUUGUCGAAAGCCUACAAGGGGAUGAAGGAGUCACCAAACUGUGUGAGCUUUCAAAAGAGAUGGGUUAUACUUUCUCCAGUGCAGCAUCUAAUGGUAACUUGGAUUAUAUAGGUUUUACCAGCUGGUGCAACUUUGGCCUGUACGACGUCGAUUUUGGGUGGGGAAAACCUAUAUGGAUGUCUUCUGUCGGUACACAUAAUGCUCCUGAAUCCGUGUUCACAAACGCAGUGGUUUUAACAGAUACGAGGUCCCGUGAUGGAGUUGAAGCCUGGAUUUAUCUAGGCGAACAAGAGAUGGCUACAUUAGAACAGGAUGAGAACUUCCUUGCUUUUGCUGCUACUGAUCAUAGUCCUCUUGAACCUGGUAACCAUGCUUCUGAUCCAUGAAAGAUCACCGUCCCCGAUUUGUGCCGUAAAUUGUUUCAAUUCUGUUGAGCAUUAUCUG